AUCCUAUUUAUUCUUCACGACAGUUUUAUUCUUCAGUUAUAAAGGAAGAUUCUCCCUUUAAACUUUACUUCCACUAGCUUCCAACCUGUAAGAAUGAUGCACCAUGAAGCUAGAGAAUAUAUUCCCUUCUAUAAGCUCACUUCUGCGGGCUCAUUUUGUGAUCUUAAGUAGCCAUGGUUAGCAAUCUCUUCGUACUGAUGAUGAAAGCCCUCCAUACUCGCUGGGAGACUGGAUUGCAUAAUAGUUUUUUGCUUGCCUCGUCUGUCUUGAUUGCCAUUCUUCUGUCAUUAUUUUGUCCACUUUUCUCAAAAAUCCUCGGCUUCUUCUUUCCUCUUCUGAUUUCUACCUCAGUAUGUUCCAUGGCAGUGUACCUAUUUAUUUUGUCAGGUAAAGAGGCAGCCAAAGAAGUCUUCUUCAGCAAUGGAGAAAAUUCUGCGCCUCGAGUGAUCAAGGUUUAUGAUGAAAUAAAUUGCGGUGUAUAUAACAACAAAAUUAGAGUGGCCUGUUUCUUCUUCAAGUCAGAUAUUGGAUGGUCUAACAGUUUGCCAGGGGAAGACGGCGAGCCGAUCAACUUUGCAGGGAAAUUACAGGCAGGCAAUGGUACUGGUGCUUUCGAUGAGGGUGUUGAAUUGCUCAAGGUAGAUAACAUGGCUGAAGGAGUGUGGAACUACUACCUUGGAAGAUCUUCAAAAUGGCACUACUACCAGAAGAGUUUGAUGUAUGAGAUAGCACAGUAGGUACUUUCAUUUCCGUAUGUUUCUGCCAAUAAUUGGAACAUUAUUGCAGCUAAUAACUUGUCGACCAUCCAAAAAUUAGAUCUCAUUUUUCACUUCUGAAUGACAUGUACCAAGUGAUGUGUCUGUAUGGUUCUUCUGAAAUCUCAGGUAGCUUGACUUA